AUGAGGUUAGAAUUUGCGGCUCUAGGGCUCCUAGCCGAAGGACUAGCAAACGCGGCUUCAACCUUCUCGCCGGCGAGGCCACCGUCUAUUCCUCUUGCUGUCCGAGCGCCAUACCUCAACUCGUGGUUGAAUGUUGGCAGUGACGGUGGCAACGGUGGAUACCUUGCGGGUGAAAACUCAUGGGCGAGAUUCUGGAACCAGCAAAUCACGGGGUGGGUAGGACUCGUGAGGGUAGAUGGUACCGCUUACACGUGGAUGGGAGCUCCUGAAGUUCAGCCACAAGUUGUGGACCAAACAGAGUUCUCCUAUACUUCGACUAGAAGCACGUUUAUCAUGAAUGUUGCUGGGAAAAUUUCCAUGAACAUCACUUUCAUGUCACCCGUCACGCCUGACGAUCUGAAGAGGCAAUCUUUGACCUUUUCUUACCUGGAUGUUGCAGUUCAGUCGAUAGACGGUAGCACUCACGACGUCGAAGUGUACGCUGAUGUGUCUGGCGAAUGGGCAUCCGGUGAUACUGCUGCUGUCAUACAAUGGGACUACGGUACUGCCGACGGAGUAGCGUACCACAGCUUUGCUCGGCAAGAUCAGGCCGAGUUGACAGAGAUCAACCAGCAAGCAAGUUGGGGUACUUGGUAUUGGUCUACCUCUAACAAUUAUCCGGCUCUCACAUACCAAAGCGGAGCGGAUAAUGAUCUGAGAAACCUCUUCGUCUCAAACGGAAAGCUUUCGAAUACGAAGGACACUAAUUUCCGCGCCGUAAAUGACAACUGGCCAGUCUUUGCGUUCUGCAAUGGCCUCGGGCCCGUCGGAAGCAAUGCGGUUUCGACAGUAUUCUCGCUUGGUUUGACGCAGGAUAAUGCCAUUUCGUUCCUCGGAGAGGGUAGUGGUCUGACAACUGUUCCGUCUCUUUGGAAGAGCUACUUUUCAAACGACAUUGACGCCGUCACCUUCUUCUACAAUGACUAUGGCGAUGCCUUUGGUCUUGCUACUGCGCUUGACAACAAAAUUGCUUCGGACUCCUUGGCUGCUGCGGGUCAGGACUACCUGGUCAUCACCACUCUUAGUGUCAGACAGACAUUUGGUGCUCUGCAGUUUACCGGCACAGACUCGGCGCCUUUGGUCUUUCUCAAGGAGAUCAGCAGCAACAGUGACAUCCAAACGGUCGACGUCAUCUUCCCGGCCAUGCCACUGAUCCUUUACACCAAUCCUAAAGUCCUAGCCUACUUGUUGGAUCCACUGUUCCUAAAUCAAGAGAAUGGUCAUUAUCCUAAUACUAAUGCCAUUCAUGAUCUCGGCACAUUUCCGGUAGCUAAGGGCUACCCAGAUGGAUCAGACGAACCGCAACCAUUGGAAGAGUGUGGUAACAUGAUUAUUAUGGCUCUUGCUUAUGCACAGCGGGCUGCUGACACGGAGUAUUUGAACAAACACUACCCGAUCCUGAAGCAAUGGGCUGGCUAUCUUGUCGACGAGGCACUCAUCCCAGCGAACCAGAUCUCUACAGACGACUUUGCUGGCCCUCUGUCCAACCAAACCAAUCUGGCUCUUAAGGGGAUCAUCGGCCUGCGAGCCAUGUCGGAGAUCGCUAAACUGACCGGAAACUCGGGCGAUGAAAAGACAUAUGGAGAUACGGCAACAUCCUACGUUAGCCAAUGGCAAAACCUGGGCAUCAACAGCGCCGCCAACCCACCUCACACAACACUCUCAUACGGCGAUGGCGCCUCGCACGGUCUCCUGUACAACCUAUACUCCAACAGCCUUCUCAACUUCGGCGACUUCGUCCCGCAAUCCGUCUACGAUAUUCAAAGUGCCUUCUACCCGACCGUAGCAGAUGAGUAUGGCAUUCCGCUUGACACGCGGCACACGUGGACCAAGACGGACUGGAUGUUGUUCUGCGCUGCCAUUGCAUCGACCGAUACUAGGGACAAAAUCAUCAAGCUUGUGGCCAACUGGAUCAAUGUCACACCGACGAACAAGGCGUUUACCGAUCUGUAUGACGCCGUCACGGGGGAUUAUCCCUCCGGACUGAGUUUUACCGCACGCCCAGUUGUUGGUGGGCACUUCGCUUUGCUGGCUCUGCCUUGA